AUGUUCCUUCUAAACGACAGUAGCGCACUCAUAUUCCCCAUGGCCCGCACUAGUGAAAUUCCCAAGAUGCUUGGGUGGAAUCUACCACCGGAGGAAAAGGACUUGGUUCACGAACAUUGGAGAGUUUUCCCUGCACCACCCUACCACAUGCACCUGCUGCUUGCCAUGAUCUACUUCGUGCUGAUGAUUGUUUCCUGCAUAGGAAAUGGAAUAGUUGUGUGGAUAUUCUCAACCGCGAAGUCACUGCGGAAUGGAUCCAACAUGUUCAUAGUAAACCUGGCCAUUUUCGAUCUACUCAUGAUGAUUGAGAUGCCAAUGUUUUUAGUGAACGCCGUAUCUGAACGAAUGGUUGGUUAUGGUGACGCUUGUAUCGUAUACGCGGUGUUGGGUUCAGUUUCAGGUAUCGGAGCUGCAAUUUCAAAUGCUGUCAUUGCCUUUGACCGGUACCGUACCAUUUCUAACCCAUUGGAUCAUCGCCUCAGCCGAAAGCAAGCCGGAAUUCUAGUUGCCAUAACUUGGUUUUGGACGCUUCCGUUUACUCUGCUGCCGGCGUUUAAAGUGUGGGGUCGUUUUAUUCCUGAAGGUUUUCUAACAACGUGUUCCUUCGACUACCUAACCGACGAUGCGGAAACCCAGGCUUUCGUUUUGUCCAUUUUUAUAUGGGCCUACGCUAUUCCGAUGAUACUGAUUUGCUAUUUCUACAUGCGCUUGUUCGGUCAUGUCCGCCAGCACGAGGCAAUGUUGAAGAACCAAGCACGGAAGAUGAAUGUCGAAUCAUUGGCAGCCAAUCGUAACACCAAGGCUCAAGCGGUAGAAAUGAAAAUUGCCAAAGCUGCAUUCACCAUCUGGUUCCUCUUUGUAUGUGCAUGGACACCGUACGGUAUCGUCGCAAUGACCGGAGCCUUCGGAGACCGAACUCUGCUAACGCCAUUCUACACCAUGAUCCCAGCCAUGUGCAGUAAAAUCGUGUCCUGUUUAGAUCCUUGGGUAUAUGCUAUAAGCCAUCCAAAGUACCGCCAGGAGCUGGAGCAGCGGGUACCGUGGUUGGGCGUGAGAGAGGAACCGGACAACGCUAGCAAUACCGACAGCAAGAACACCGUUCUAGCAGACUCGGAGAGGGUGAACGGAGAGUAACCAUGGCAAUGGUGAUAGUAAUUCGUCGUAAGCUGCAAAAUGGAAACUUGAUGAUGACCAACGGCUAUGU